CCAAACUUACAGAAGAGAACGGUUGGGAAACGGUGGGGCGCCCUUACUGAGUUGUUUUAAACUAGAGAGCAACUCUAUGUCCCACCUCUACUUAUAAGAGAGCCUUUCAGGGAGGCUAAGAGCUUCCACACUCCAUUUUUUUGCUUUUUUAAAUUCUCUUUCUCAUGGAUGGUGGGCUUCCUUUGCUCAAUUGUCUUUGGCAGCAAGCUCUUAGAAGCUUCUGUUCUUCCGAAAAUCCUGCUAAUUCUUCCAAAUGGGUUUAUGCUGUCUUCUGGAGAAUCCUCCCUCGAAACUAUCCUCCACCAAGAUGGGAUGAUGGACAAGCAGUCUUCGAUCGAUCCAAUGGAAACAAAAGGAAUUGGUAACGUUAAAUGGAAUGUUUCUGAAGUAUAUUCAAAGAAGGCUGCUUCUCCUUCUUUCCUUCGUCCUUCACUUUUUCCUGUGAGGCUUUUGACAUCAUAUUGUUUCAGGAUUCUAGUAUGGGAAGAUGGCUUCUGCGAUUUUUACGAGUGCGAGCGUGGAAGGAAUGCUUUCAGAAAGGGGAGAUCCUUUGGACCUGAUAUCUUCUUUAAGAUGUCACAUGAGGUCUACAAUUAUGGAGAAGGAUUAAUGGGGAAGGUGGCAGCUGAUAACAGCCACAAGUGGGUGUUUAGUGAAUUCCACACAGAAACCGAUCCCAACUUCUCUUCUUCAUGGAAUGCAUCACUUGAUUUACAACCAAAGGCUUGGGAAUCCCAGUUCAAUUCUGGCAUCCAGACUAUUGCAGUUGUUGCUGUCAAGGAAGGUGUCAUUCAACUGGGUUCACUAGAUAAGGCUGCAGAAGACCUUAACUUGGUGAUCAAUAUACAGAGAAAAUUUAAUUACCUUCAGAGCAUUCCUGGCAUCUUCGCUAUGCAACGACCUUACCCAGUUGCUUCAGAUCAUUAUACCAAUAUGCCCAAACACAACCUGCAGAUUAGUGAGAUAUCGAGGUGCAGGUCGAGACUUGGUCGCGGGGAGGAAGAGGAACUUCCAAGCAAAUUGGCUAGUUUUGAUUGGAAUAGCCCCAUGAAGGGCUCCUUUUUCCAGCCUAUCCCUCCCCUUCUCCCAUCAGUGUCUUACAGUCUUGGGAUGCUUCUAUCUAGAUUACCUUCUGUGACUCCACCCAACAGCCAUGCUCAAUCUCUAACUUCUGCUAGAAAUAAUGGCUUUCAUGCACCAAAUUUGCCUUGCAGUUAUAGUCAGAACUCCGAUGCGAAACUCAACAUAUUUGAAGUGCCACAAAGCAAACACCAUCUCAUCAGCCCUUGCUCGAGCGAUCCAUGUUAUGAGACUGCAUUUCUGCAAGGAUUUGAUGUUCAAGGUGAAGAUGGAACAAAUAUUAGUCCUAUGCUUUAACACUACGGUUCAUUAAAAUUAUGUUAUUUGCAGCAAGUUGGUCCCCCUAUGCAUGUCCAUUGCUUCAUUCCUUGAUCCUUAUAUGAACAUGGAGGGAAACCAUAUGGACCAAUAUUUUUUAUCAUGAUGCAUAUAUCUAUUCUCUGUUUGUGUGGCCA